GACAGCGGCGCCGGAAUCGGGCCGGGGCUGAGGUGGGCUGAGGUUGGGGGCCCAGAAAUGGAGCAGUGUGCGUGUGUGGAGCGAGAACUUGACAAAGUUCUGCAGAAGUUCUUGAGUUAUGGACAGCACUGUGAAAAGAGUUUAGAGGAGCUGCUGCACUAUGUGAGCCAGCUGAGGGAGGAACUCACCAGUGCAGUUGUCAGGGCACUUGAAGGAAGGAGUAUAUGUCUAAUUUGGGAAUCAUAUGGGAGCAGAAAGAGAAUAUGAAGGAUUGGCCACGUGGAUCAAUCUCUUCAGGGGACGCCUCUCUCAGCCACACUUUCUGUUGUGAUGUCCCAAUGCUGCCGGAAAAUCAAAGACACAGUGCAGAAACUUGCAUCUGACCAUAAGGACAUUCACAGCAGUGUUUCCCGAGUGGGCAAAGCCAUCGACAGGAAUUUUGAUGCUGAGAUUUGCGGCGUGGUCUCUGAUACUGUGUGGGACUCUCGAGAGAAGCAGCAGCAGAUUUUGCAGAUGGCAAUUGUGGAGCACCUGUACCAGCAGGGCAUGCUGAAUGUUGCUGAGGAAUUGUGUCAGGAAUCAACUCUGAAUGUGGACUUGGAUUUUAAGCAACCUUUCCUAGAGCUAAAUCGGAUCCUGGAAGCUUUGCAUGAACAAGACCUUCGACCAGCUUUAGACUGGGCCAUUUCAAACCGGCAGCGCCUGCUGGAGCUAAAUAGUUCCCUGGAGUUUAAGUUGCACCGACUGCACUUCAUCCGUCUCCUGGCAGGGGGCCCGGAAAAGCAGCUGGAAGCUCUGAACUAUGCACGACACUUCCAGCCCUUUGCACGGCUGCAUCAACGGGAGAUCCAGGUGAUGAUGGGAAGCCUUGUAUAUCUCCGGUUGGGCAUUGAGAAGUCUCCCUACUGUCACCUCUUGGACAAUAGUCACUGGGCAGAGAUCUGUGAGACCUUUACUCGAGAUGCCUGUGCUCUUCUUGGACUAUCCGUGGAGUCCCCCCUCAGUGUCAGCUUUGCCUCUGGGUGUGUGGCACUGCCCGUGUUAAUGAACAUCAAAGCAGUGAUUGAGCAGAGACAGUGCACAGGAGUCUGGAGCCAUAAGGAUGAGCUGCCUAUUGAGAUUGAACUGGGCAUGAAGUGCUGGUACCACUCUGUGUUUGCCUGCCCCAUCCUUCGCCAGCAAACUUCAGAUUCCAAUCCACCUAUCAAACUCAUCUGUGGUCAUGUCAUCUCUAGGGAUGCCCUCAACAAGCUCAUUAAUGGAGGAAAACUGAAAUGUCCUUACUGCCCUAUGGAGCAGAACCCAGCUGAUGGCAAACGUAUCAUAUUCUGAUAACAAGGAAGUCGGCUCAUUUAGUGAAGGGGACUUUGCCAGUAUGCCUCGGCUGAUCUUCCGUAGGGUAGAUGAGACCCAGGGAUGGACGUGCCAUGAUGGCCCCUUCCGUGGUGUUUUGAAAAGCUGGCUGAGAACAGCACUACGUAGGAGUUGGGGUCCUUUUGUUAGCCCCAAAACAUCUGUGUCACAAAGGAAGAUCUAUGGUUUGGGGGUGUUUCUUCACUCUUGGGCUGUUGUCUGCUAAGCAGAGAACUGAACUCUGGUGGAUGGCUGCAGGUUGGGUACAGACACUAUCCCUGCUCCAGUACCUCUGAUGCCUUUCCUUGUUCCGUUCUCCCUUCCCAAGCCCACAUUUCUUAUAUGCACUCCUGUGCCAGUUGUUUUGCUUAGUGUCCGUUUAAAGUAGCCACAAACAUGUAACAUCAAGAUAUAUUUCUCCACUUCCUUCCCCUUCUGUUAUCUUGCACUGCAGUCUGUGUAUCUAGAUCUAGCUCUACAACCUUAGGCCUGCCCAGGUGUGGUGCCAGCCACCUACCACUGUACAGUGUUUCAAUUGUAUUUACCAGUUUUACAAUGUAAAUAGCCUCGGUAGACUUGGAUGCAGUUGUUUUAUAACUUUGAACAAAUAAAUCACUUGCCUUCUCUGUAA